AUGGCCUCAGUCUUGGAGCUCACCUACAUCUACUCAGCCCUCAUCCUGCAGGACAAUGAGGUGAUGGUCACAGAGGCUAAGAUCAAUGCUCUAAUUAAAGCAGCAAGUAUAAAUGUUGAACCUUUCUGGCCAGGCUUGUUUGCAAAGGCCCUGCCCAGUGUGAACACCAGGAGCCUCAUCUGCAAUGUAGGGGCUAGUGGACCUGCCCCAGCAGCUGGUGCUGCACCAGCAGGAGGUUCCACUCCCUCCACCACUGCUGCCCCAGCUGAGAAAGUGGAAGCAAUGAAAAAAGAAUUAGAGAAGACUGAUGAUGAUAUGGGCUUUGGUCUUUCUGACUAA